AUGGAAAAUAUUUUCCUCAAAUGGAAGCACUCGUCAGUCGAUGCCGUCUCGUUUUUCGUACAGUUGUACGCGCGGCCGGUGAAAAAUUCCUGGAAACGAAUCUCGUGGUGGUUCCUCGCGCAUAACAUCGUAACAUUCGCGAUACCGCUGUACGACUAUGAGCUGGCUCAGGCCGUUUCCGGUAGUGCAUACCACUCGAAACAUCUGCCACAGUUUACUUGUUACUUGAUAUUUAUCGUGACCAUCUGGCUUGCGCCUACCGUUGUGGGUGAGCUAAUAAAGCGACGAGAAAGAAAAUUUAUGGAGCGAAUCAACGAUAUCUCUCCUUGGUUACUGGAAGCUGAGAGUCAUUCUCUUGGUGAGGUGCAUUCUGUCAGAUCUGGGACGCAUUCCCAUGGUGAACAAGAGAUCGACUCCCUUGGCGAAGAAGACUCCUUUGGCGACACCGAAAAUGACUCCGUACCUCUGCUCGCUUCGAAUAAUGAUGACUUAAACUUAACCCUCAACCCUCGCCAAACCGCUUCCCAAUAUUCUAUCGGCUCAACUUCUGCGGAAGGUUCCGACAUCGCGCCAACACUUUCAGAGUAUACAUUCGCGUCUCGAGGCGAAGAGUUGAGAAAUUUUCUGCGGUUUUUAAAACGAAGGACGCCCGGGUUGGUGUCGCGAGGAUAUUCGUUGCAACUGAAUUUAUCGCUCAUUUCUCUCAUUGGUGGAGCUAUCUCGUUUCUCAUUAAACUGAAUAGCAUGAAUUCUGACGAUAUCGUGUAUAGAAAUUGUAACUGUACAAUGUCGUAUGCAUAG